AUGUCUGUUCGUGAUUUAUGUAGUCGUGAAAAACAUAUUCAUCAACAAUAUGGUCGACAAUUUGUUGAUGGUUUACUUGAUUUAUUAACAUUUAUUGCUUCAAUUAAUAUUGAUGAAAAUUUAUCCGAAGAUAAACGUAAAAAAUGGUCUAAUGAUCUUUCACAUACAUUAUGUAUAUUUACAGCUGAUUGUUUUUCAUUAAAAAGUACUGAAUUUUCUAUUUGUACACAAGAAUAUCAUGAUUAUCAAGCAGCUAUAAGAAAAAUUCUAUCAGCACUUCAAUUAUCAUCAUCAUUUAUAUUAUUUCAAUUAUUAAUAUGGAUGUUAUGCUAUGAACAACAUUAUAUAUUUUGA